CGGAAGCCGAGAGGCGCUGCCGACCGCGCCUGCGACAGCGUCAGCCCUUCGCGGAGCGCCGGCCCGAUGGCGGCGGCGGCGAUGGCCGAGCAGGAGAGUGCCCGGAACGGCGCCCGGAAUCGCGGCGGUGUCCAGCGCGUGGAGGGCAAGUUGCGCGCCAGCGUCGAGAAGGGUGACUACUACGAGGCGCACCAGAUGUACCGGACCCUGUUCUUCAGGUACAUGUCACAGAGCAAGCACACGGAGGCGCGGGAGCUCAUGUGCUCGGGGGCACUCCUGUUCUUCAGCCACGGCCAACAAAACAGCGCCGCGGACUUGUCCAUGUUGGUCUUAGAGUCGCUGGAGAAGGCAGAAGUCGAGGUGGCCGCUGACCUGUUGGAAAAUCUGGCUAAACUGUUCAGUCUGAUGGACCCGAAUUCCCCGGAGCGAGUGGCUUUUGUGUCUCGAGCCCUGAAGUGGUCCAGUGGAGGAUCAGGGAAGCUGGGCCACCCCCGUCUCCACCAGCUGCUGGCCCUCACCCUGUGGAAAGAGCAGAACUACUGCGAGUCCCGGUACCACUUCCUGCACUCGGCGGACGGCGAGGGCUGUGCCCACAUGCUGGUGGAGUACUCCACGUCCAGGGGCUUCCGCAGCGAGGUGGAUAUGUUCGUGGCCCAGGCCGUGCUACAGUUUCUCUGUUUAAAGAACAAAAGCAGCGCGUCAGUGGUGUUCACAACGUACACGCAGAAACACCCGUCCAUCGAGAACGGCCCUCCGUUUGUGCAGCCUCUGCUGAAUUUCAUCUGGUUUCUGCUGCUGGCCGUAGAUGGGGGCAAACUGACCGUGUUCACGGUGCUGUGUGAGCAGUACCAGCCGUCCCUCCGGCGGGACCCCAUGUACAAUGAGUACCUGGACCGGAUAGGACAGCUGUUCUUUGGGGUGCCGCCCAAGCAGACGUCUUCGUACGGGGGCUUGCUGGGGAACCUUCUGAGCAGCCUCAUGGGCGCCUCGGAGCAGGAGGGCGAGGACAGUCAGGACGACAGCAGCCCCAUCGAGCUCGACUGACCCCGCCCGGCGGCCCGCACGAAGCCGCCCCGAGCCCGGGCCCCCACGCCCGGGGGCUCCCGGUCCGCGGCUGCCGUGGCCGCGUUGGCGUCUGCGCGCCCGCCCCGGGCUGCGCCUCCGCCGCGGCUGUGCUGGCUGGGCCGGGCUGCACCUCCAGACUGACCACAAUAAAGCACGGGCCUUGCCGCGCUCCCACCCUCUCCCUGUCCUCUGUGUCUGGUUUGCUUCGGGAGGCCGCCUGGCGUCCGACGGAGGCCCGUCCCCGUCACGGGUGGCGUGGGGGGUGGCCGCCGCCCAGCCAGCACCACCUGGACGUCCUGCGGUGGCCCGGCCACCAGUGUCCCGGAGAGCAUCGGGGCGGCUGCUCUGUGCCAAAUCCCGAGGCCACGGCCGCUCGGGACGGGCCUCGCGAGGGGAUCGGGAGUCCUUUCCACGUCUCGAAAGGCGGUAUUUAUUUUCAUUGGGUGGUUGAUUCUUCUGACCUGACGUUUUAGGGUUUAACCGAACAGCCAGUCCGGGAGUGAGCGGAUCUGCCCUUUCUCGCUGAUGCCAGACCCGGUGUUCCCAGGGCGAUUACAAGAGGGGAGACACUUUAUUUUUUCACGAUUUAAAAUAAGAGUUGUAGAUUAAUACACAGUGAUCAUGCAUGGCAAGGCGUAAGAUACACACACUUUUAUUGACUGUAAAACGAAGUUUAAAGGAAGGUUUGUGUUAAUUGUUGAGUUUAAAUAAAUCCUUUAUACUGGG